AUGCCCGUGAUGGUCUGGACAACGACACCUGACGGUACGCACGACUGGUACUCGCAACGUUGGUACGAUUACACUGGCCAGACCGUCGAGGAGUCCCUAGGGGAGGGUUGGAGAGAUGCAUUUCAUCCAGAGGAUAUGCCGACAACUGCUGAGCGCUGGUCUCGAUCCCUUCGAACUGGCGAAGAGUACAUCACGGAGUACAGGGCAAAGCGACGCGACGGGGUUUGGCGCUGGAUGCUUGGGAGAGCGGUUCCUUCUUAUGACGAUGAUGGCAACAUCAAAAGGUGGUUCGGUACCUGCACGGAUAUUCAUGAUCUCGUGGAAGCUCGACAAGCGGCACGGCAGACGAAAGCGCAACUCCAGCGGGUUAUUGAACAUGCGAAGGUUACGCUUUGGGUCGUCAAUAGGAAAGCUGAGAUAAUCAUGAUGGAGGGAGACAUGGUUGGAGUUGGGAACGCGAAGGUGGAUGAACAGGCUAUUGGAAAGAACAUCUACGACUAUUUUGGCGACCUCGACCGGUGGCGGAGACCAAUUCAGGAACUCCUACAGGGCAAAGCGCAGGAUGAGAUCAUGGAAAGGGUCAAGGAUGAUCGAUACUACCGUACAAGAUUGGUGCCCUUAUACAAACGGUCAAGGGCUGGUGGCAAAGAGGGGGACGCAUAUAUCGACGGGGUCAUUGGGAUUUCGAUGGACGUCUCUGACGUACAAAUCAGAGAAAACAAGCUCAAAGAGCAAGGACAAGAAAACAGUAGACUGUUAGCUAACGCAGCCGCAGCGAAGGAGGCAAGUCGGAUGAAGAGCCAAUUUCUUGCGAACAUGUCGCACGAAAUCAGGACACCCAUCGCAGGAGUUAUAGGGAUGAGUGAUCUUCUGCUGGACAUGAACCUGGACGAGGAGCAGAAAGAGUGUGCCGAGAAUAUUCAACGAUCCGCAAACGGGCUACUGGCCGUAAUCAACGACAUCUUGGAUUUCAGCAAAGUUGAAUCAGGACGCCUGGACAUUGAGGAAGUGCAAUUCAGUCUGUCAGUCGUGCUGCGAGAUGUCAACAAGAUGAUGUCCUUUGCAGCACAGCGAAAGAACAUCGCGUAUGAAAGCGCUGUGCACCCAGAAAUUGAUAGAGAUCUGAGAGUGAUGGGAGACCCGGGGCGCUUAAGGCAGAUUCUGACGAAUGUAUUGACGAAUUCCAUCAAGUUCACGAGCGAGGGGCAUGUCCGUCUCAUAGCCUCAAUUACCGCCGAGACAAAGGAGACGGUCACUGUACGAUUCGCCGUCGAAGAUACGGGAAUCGGCAUAGAAGAAGACGUCCGAAAGCGACUUUUCCAACCCUUCAGCCAGGCCGAUUCCUCAACCGCGCGACGUUUUGGUGGGACAGGAUUGGGAUUGACGAUUAGCAAGAACCUUGUGCAGCUAAUGCGGGGAGACAUUGGCCUGGAAUCGGUACUCGGGCAAGGUACCACCGCAACGUUCUGGAUUCCCUUCAGCAAAGCGCCAUACCAGGACGACGGAUCGCCGCUGAUCGAUCUUUCAUCAAUCCCGGAUCGCCUGCAGUCGGAUGUGUCAGUGUCUUGCGGAAGUUCUGAAGAUCUCACUCCGCCACAGACUCCCAAGCUGCAUAACGGGUCUAUCAAGACGCAUGGUCGGGGAGAAUCGACGCCGUCGGUGCUUAGUUCAUCCAUCCCCGAUCAUUUGAUUACUCUACCUGAGAGCGAGAGGAAGAAGGUACAGGUUCUAGUCGUUGAGGACAACCACAUCAAUCAGCAGAUCGCUCUGAAAACCAUCAGAAAACUACAUUUCAGUGUAACGGCAGUCUGGAACGGAAAGGAGGCAUUGGAUUAUCUCGCGAAUUCUAACAAUCCUCGACCGGACAUCAUCCUCAUGUAA